AUGGCAAUGAAUUUUGGAACCUUAACCUUCCUCCUGAGCUCGUUGGCUUUGGUCGAAGCCACUUCCUCGAUAGACGAGCAAGGAUUCCAUCACGAGUCUGCAGAGGAACCUUCUUCCGCAGCAACUGGCUGGCUCCCAGGUUUGGCUCCGGAUUAUCACGUGGAGGUGGAUUCCCCGAGGACGACGGUGCUCCCUGAAGUCAUCGGAACCCUGCCCUCGUACCCUGAAGCCUCCACGAGACCUGCUGCGACGUUGGAUGACAUUGGGCCAGAGUUUGACAAAGUUGGUGAGGAGCCUGGACAUCGCCAGGAGGCACAGGGUACAUCUUCCCGGAACAAGAGGACUUUGACGUUCCCGAACCCUUCGACGAUUCUGUUGAUAUUCGGCCUUGGCACCCCUCUGCAGUUGGAUCGCGAAAGCAUUAUACUCGGGGCAUUCACAAAAAUGGUUUAUAACCUGCCGGUAAACUCCACCGACUUCACCGAGCCCGGAGUCUACUUUGCUCGCACCAAAACCCGCUGGAGCAUUUACAAAGUAUUGGAGAGAGCCGCUGAACUUUACGGCUAUCCCGGCGGGAAGGAAUGCCUGCUCAGGGCCAUCUGCGAAGUUGCUGCUGCACCGUUCGACCUUCGUCAAGGGCUUUUUGGUCACAUGGUUCAAACCUUUCUCACGCCCUCGAGCACGAGUGAGCCGUACGACGAGUACGGGGAUCAGGAAUACCACGCUGCCGAAAGAUUGGGCAGGCACGCCGACGAAAACUGCCGCACCCUUUAUCCGGAAUGCGAGAGAAGCUUUCUCGAUGUGUUCUCCACGACGGGCAACAACAGGACAGUCUCGUCUUCGGGGUCUUUGACCAGCCACCCGAUACCGCAGUCACUUCUCACCAAUUACUUGAGCAAAGAGUCAAGAUUUCUUCUUGAUUCGAACGCGAGCCAGUAUCAGGAGCACUUUACACCAGUUUAUCUCACGCCGUAUCCGGCGACGUUUCGCCCGUUUUCCAACCACUUCGAAAUUACAUUUUUUGUUAUGUCACGUGACCCCUCGUACUGGCUCUUUUUUAUCGCUCUCUCUUCAAUAAGCGUUGCGGAUCGUGCGGUUCUCCUUUUUCCACAGAACACUGUCUUCCAGUUCACGAUCGGUGUAACGGUACCGGUGGCUAUGGACAAAACCGGUGGCAUUGCUUUCUCAGCUGGAUUUCAAUUCAACUACGUUUUGCCCUGGAACCUGUCACAGUUCGAUCCAGUGAUCGUGCCUUCACGGGAGAUCGGAAAUAUCAACUUGCAAGACGUUUACAGCGCGGUGGAGAGUUUGCUGCUGAAGCACGACUGGCAAAGAAGCCGAGAGUGUCUCUUGAGAACUAUUUGCGAGCUUGCUGAAACACCGCUCAAUCGACACGAACACACGAGUCCGGAUAAACGAGACGUUAUUCAAGAAAUCAUUCAUUUACUUUUGACGCCGAGCGAAGAUUUACCGGAGGCAGUUAAUUCGAGUCACCGGAGCGUCAACAAAUUGUAUCAGGAAGCGGAACGAUUGGGUAGGUCUGGUGGUGACUGCAUCCUGACUUAUCCUGAUUGCAUCGAAUCACCCUUGGAAUCAUUCACGGAGAUAGCAUUUCCUUAA